UUGGUUUUUUUUUUUUAUUCUGCCCUCUUUCUGUACUUUCCUAUCACUCCUUCACCAGAAAAAAAAAUACCUUAAGAUAAAAAAAUUACUAACAUUUAGAAAAUUGAAUUAAUAAUUUUAUGCUAGAUCUUCCAUUACUGGAAAUAUGGGUUCUUAAUAGUUAAAGAGAAAAGAAUUAUCAAAAGAAUUUAAUUCACAAUCCUCAAAAAUGAUGAGAAAUUCCAUGGAUAUGGAGGUUAAGAACCAACCCGGAAAGAUUAGUGUCUCUAAAAGGUUCAUCUUCUCAGGAGCAAAGGCUAUUGAGUAUCCAGAUUACCCACAUUACCAUGAUCUCUUACGGAAAAUGAACAUGCCCUUUGUGAAAGGACUUGAAGACAGACAUGACUAUGGCAGAUUUGAAAAGAAAUGCAACCCUGCGUUUUUAAAGUUCCAUCCUUAUCCCCCUUCAGUCCUGCCAGACUGUCAUGUGCACUACCCUUAUCCCCCACCAUAUGGACAGGCAUAUCCAUUGUUUCCACUUCGUGAUGAUGUGCCCUUAGGUGAUCCCUGCUCGGGAUUCCUGAGUGCUGGUGCUGAUGCUGAUUUAAAGCCUGGCAUUGGCAGAGCCAUACCAAACCUGGUGAGUUUCAGUGAUGUGAAACCUCAAAAUCGAGUUCCUAGGCCAGACAAAGGAUUUCAAACAACAAUAAAAAGGCAAACAAUACUAUCAGAAGAGCUACAACAGAGCAGGAAAUGGAAUUCCAGGAAAGUAUCAGACGUUUCCAUCAGGGCAAAACUUGGAGGUUGGACAAGCCCUCUGAAAGUUACUCCUUUACCAGCUCAUGAGAACAAAAGAAGCUCAUUAGGUCUCAUACUUUCCUUUGAUGAGAAGACAACAAGUACAGAUAACAGUGAAUCACUUGUCCAGCCAGACAAGAAAUAUAAUAUAAAGGAUGCAUUUUACAAAUCCUCAACACAGAAAGCGUUUGAAACUGUUCCUUGGGACAAACUGAUACCACCAAAACUUGAUCCAGAGGAAACAACAGUGGAAAGGGCUGCAGACCUCAUCUCACAGUGUUUCACCCUGAAAAGAUAUGAAAGAGUGCCCGCCAUAACCCAGAUGGUCGGAGGACUCUGGGACAGAUUUCAGACGAGAUUGUUCUCAGCGCCAGUCAAACCAAUCAAUUUUGUGAGUCCAAGUUCUAGGAGUAAAUACAUCCCUCUCUAUACUGGUCAUGUGCAGAGUACAAACGCUGACGAUGUGGACAACCCCUACGGAGAUAUCACAUCGGUGGCCAAGCCUCGGCACUCUAAACUGCUCUAUACAAACACAAGUUGUGCGGCGAAUAUUCCAGGAUACACCGGCAAGGUUCAUUUCACAGCCACCCACCCAACAAAUUCUAAUAUUCCAUCAACAACCCCAUCACCAGAUUCAGAGAUGAGUCGCAUUUUACGACAACAAAUGGAAAUUGACUGCUUCCGUCACCAGGCCCCAAUGUCUCGAAUGGUCACAACUGUGAAGCCUUACAACCCCUUCAGGAUUGGGAAAAAAACCCUUGAGUACUGAAGGAGACCACACCCCUGAAAGACUUCUGAGCCCCAGCUUUCGGGGGGGGGGGUGUGCACAGUGAUGGAGAAACAAAAGAAUACAGAAUGGUCUAACUA